GGUUGGAAGUUGUUGGGUGGUAUCUUCUGGUUGGAAAGCGGUGCGAUAUCCUGAAGAAGAAGGGCACAGCCCAAAAAGCUCACACCGGAGGAAAAAAGGGAACAGAUGAUGAAAGAUUAUUUCUGGGUGGAGCUGCGGCACAUCCCGGUGGAGGUUCAGGCAACCUUCAUCCAUGACCUGGCACAGCAGUACGCGAUAGUAGAUUUCAUCGACCCGCUUCCCUCGUACGUGGCGAAGAGGGACGACUACGUGAUGCUGGCCCUGGACCUCCCGAAAGACCAGCCCUUCUCCAUGGACGACAUUAUCCCAUUCAAAAUGGGGGGGAAAAUCCAUCAGAUACACACGGCACAUAAAUUCCGCCCCUGGUGCUUUAAGUGCAGGGCAUACGGGCACCUCUGCACAGACUCGGCGUGUCCUGUGCACACAUCAAACACCCGCCCGGCAUCUCACCCGGCAUCUGGCCAGCUGCAGGAGGGCAGAGGGGAGCAAGGUAGGGGGAGCAAACCUCAGGGCGAUUGGACGCCAAGGGGGGAGGCGGCGGGAACCAGACCAGCCCCCCGGCCGGCAGGGGCGGCACCCCCCCACGAACCCAAACAGCCAGCACAGCAGCUGUCCUCCAGCCAGGAACAGCCGGAAACCCCCUGCAAAAAACAGAAACAGUUGGUAAAGGGGCCGGCACCACGGGACUACCUGCCAAAAAAAGACUGGCUGCACAUACCAGAGAAGGUGGGAGGUGGUAAAAAAUGGCAAAUCUUAAAGAGGAAAGAACCGGAACAGGCGAGCUCCGCUGCUCCGCARAACAGCAAUGCCGAAGGCGCUCGAUCAGACACGGACAAAGGUGCGGAGACGGCGAAUGCCGACCUUCUUGAGAGUGCAUUCGGGGUCGAACCCAUGGAGGUGGAAGUCGUCCCGGGGGCCCCUCCCUUCCCCCCGGAGAUUGAGAUGAAAGAGGCGACGGAAGUAGAGAAUCAUUCCGCUUCCGGGGGGGGGGGCACAACGGCAGAACCAGCGGCAAACAACCAGACAGACAAACUGAAAGAACUGGCAGAAUGGUUAAUGGGCAAUCUACAGAUUAAGUACCAGGGCAAAGACGACGACUUCUGGGAUGACACAUACAAAGCGCUCAUCGCCAUGAUGGAGAACAGUGAAAGCCUCCAGUCUGCCGUACAUAAUGGUCUGCCAAAAGGGGUGACCUGGCCGGAGACGUGCCAGAAAGUGCUCACUAUCGUGCUCAUCCGUUUUCAGCCAGAUGGGUCCGACCGCAUCAGCGAGAAGAAAACAGACCCCCCGCCCCAGAAGAAAGAGGCGACUAAGAGAGACCAGCCAGAUGGGUCCGACCGCAUCAGCGAGAAGAAAACAAACCCCCCGCCCCAGAAGAAAGAGGCGACCAAGAGAGACCAGGGGCUGGAAACGGGAGAGGAGGUAGGAAAAGAAAAAGAGGAGAAAGGAAAUGAAAAAGGAAAACAGGACAUGGAACUGCCAGCUGGAGAGAAGGCGGGGAGCCCGGAAGAAGAAAUCACAAAAAACCCUGCAGAAAACCCUGCGGAAAAUCCCACAGAAAAUCUUGGAGGACAGGCGGCAAAGGGGGGGACGAAGGAAGAGAGGGAACAAGGAGGAAAGGAAGAGGUGGGAGAAGAGGAGGAAAAGGGGGAGGGGGGGCAAGAGGGAGGACAGGGAAGCGAGGGGAGUGAGGGGACAGAUAAAGUCAAAGGCUUGUGUUUGGCAUUGGCAGCCUGGGGAACGGAAAAAGCAGGACUGCGGGAGGCUGCAAAAAAACAAAAAGACACCGUACCCCCCAUGCCACCGGAGUCUGACCUCACGAGCAAGAGGCAGAAAAUUAGGCACAUUUUGGACAAAGGGAGAACUGCGACGGCACCGUAGGAAGAGGGCAUUCUCUUGUUGCCGGUUAGGCGAGGGGAAGACUCGUGGGAAGUGGGCCUUUCAAUACCCGAAGGGGCGACCCACUGGGAGGUCACAAUGAAGGGUAGAUCGACGUUCCUCCUCUCGCUCUCGGCCUGGGGGGGUGGCCCCACGCUGCUGAAAUCAGACAUACACCGACUAAUGCAGGGCCACCUCCCUCAGGGGGCAUCCGCCUCCCAGGUCACGUCGUAUGGUGAGCACAGACUGUCUGCCACGGACGUGUACCUGAGAUACGAGCAGGCCAACACGCAGGAUCUCCGAUGGUACAGUCAGGAUACACUGAUGGACCUGCAACUACUGAAGAUCAAACCCUGCGAACCCUGGACAGAAACAAACAUCAGAAACUUCG